AGCACAGUAACAAUGGCGUUUGCUUUUGAAAAUGUUCGUCUGCACGUGAAAGCAACGGGGGUUUCAGUCAGCGUUCCGGAUUACCCGAAAGCCAAACUAAUGUAUUAUUUGAGCUGUGUUUGCAAUGCUUUACAACUUGACAGUUCGGAUACCAUGAGCAUUUCGGCACUGAAGGACUACCAGAACUACUAUCGCCUGACAGAGGAAGAGAAGAAGUUGCUUGUUUUCUGCGUCAUGCUAUCUCCAGACGUACUUCUGAACAAAGUAUUCUUUCAAAAUGAUCGGAUGUGUGGCGACAGUAGCAACGAAUUUUACGACAUUGGUACAGUUGUCAGUCAACUGGUUGUGUCCAAUUCGAUCGUAAUCGGAGGCCAGAGAAAGAACAUCCAUAAAAUCAUGACUUUCAAGAUGUCCUGGCUUAGAAAUCACUACUUGGAGCCAAUUCAGGCCUUAGCCCGCGAGUUGGAUGAAGCAGAAGAAAGUCGACGCAGACGUGCAAUAGCUGCAGCCCGUCGAAGCAACAACGAGUGUGCUAUGAUGUAACGCUACGGUAGCCAUUAAAGGAAACCUACAUCAUCAACAAUGUCAUAAACAAUAUACCGAUUCUAUUUGAUACAGUAUUAAUUUUGUGUCUGUAAGUACUCUCCUGUCAAACAGGAAUGAAUUUUUAGCAUGAAUUACUUUAUAACCUUUGUACUAAUUAUGUCUUACACUGUGAAAUUCUUGAUAUAUGUUUUUUUUAAACUUCUACUGCUUAGUUGUUGCCUUGA